AUGGAGACCCGGUCUGUAGUGCUUGAGGAGCAUGUCGACUCGGACAGCUCUGCAAACUCCACUGUAGUGCAUUUGUCUCGCCAAGGCGACUUUGCUUUUGAGUUAGAAGUGGUUUGGCGCCAGGAAUACGAGCCAACGGAGCAGGAGAUUCUGGACUAUUCCGAAUGGCAGCCGCCUUAUGCCGCAUUCCAUUCCCAGCACUGGUUUCGGCUUCGGGGAGCCUUAAAGAGGCUUGGAAUGGACCUGGAGAAUGACAAGGACUUGAUGUGGAUUGCCAGGGCCGGCUUGAAGGAGAACGAGGUCUUCUACUUUAACUUCGACACUGGCGAAAGUGUUUGGGACCAUCCGUGUGACGAGUACCAUCGCAUGCUCUACAAGAAGGAGCGCGCGAAGAAGUCGGUAACUCAGAGUUCGAUCCUGGAAGCUUGUUGUGCCAAACUCGGCUGGCGAAUGAGACCAGGCUGUGAGACCAUAGCCAACUACAUCCGACCACCACCCGUUGCCAAAGAUGCUACGGCCGUGAUUUGCAAGCCCAUCAUGAUGACGAACAAUCCAGGACACCUGGGCCAGCAUGGGUUUGCCACCGGAGAGACCUACGACCCCCGGGUGCCCGUUGUUACUGGCCAUGUGGUGUCUGGGCCUGGUGGCGCCAUGCCCAGCGAGCUCGCCCACACUCCCUGGUCUCCGCCGUGCGGGCCUGGACCUUCUCAUGCUCCCGGCAGCUUUGUGCUGUUGGUGGAAAGCGCGAAGGACCUGUACGAUCUGGAUUGGACCGGGAAAAUGGAUCCGUACAUCAAGGUUCGCUUGGGUGGUCGGGAGUUCCGCACCCAAGUGAUGACCAAUGCGGGCAAGAAGGCGAAGUUUCACUGGACGCAGAUAGUUGACUGGCGAGGUGAGCCGGACAUCCACUUUCUUGCCAUGGACAGCAACAUGCUGGUUGCCGAUGGGCUUAUAGGAGAAGCCGUAUACAGAGGGCUUCCGCUGCAUUCCGACUUUGAAGGAACCUUGGAGCUAAUGCGACCCCACGCUUUUGGUGGCAGCAAGAAGGCAGGGAAGCUGAAGAUCGAAAUCACCUGGCGAGGAAGGCCUGGAGCUCACGGCUGUGGCGGUUACGGACCCAGCGCCAUGCCUGGGCCUGGGCCUCCCUACGGCGUCCCUGGCCAUGGUGGGCCGCAUGGCAUGCCGUACGCGCCUCACGGACAUCACGGCUACGGACCUCCCCACGCAGCCGCAGGGGCCGGAAUCAGUGCCGCAGCUGCCGGGCACAUGCUUUUCCAAGAGGCGUUUGGCUUUGGAAAGAAGAUGAAAAAACACAAAAAGGAAAAGAAAGAUAAAAAGGAGAAAAAGUUCAAGGUCAAGAAGAUGAAGAAGCACAGUUCCAGCUCAUCCUCCAGCUCCAGCAGCUCAUGA